GGAAAUAAAAUGGCAGCCCCCAGUAGCAAAAAAUCGGUUCUUUUCGUUUGUUUAGGCAAUAUUUGCCGUUCAACAAUGGCAGAAGCAAUAUUUUUGAAUCUCUUGGAAGAAAAGGGUUUAAAGGAUCAGUGGAAUGUUGAUAGUGCUGCUAUAGAAACGUAUAAUAUUGGUAAGGGUCCAGAUAAGAGAGCUGUAAAAAUACUAGCUAAACAUGGAAUAAAAGGAUAUACACAUAAAGCUAGACAGAUAAGAAGUGACGAUUUUACGAAGUUUGAUACCAUAUUUGGUAUGGAUGAUGAGAAUAUGGAAGAUUUAGAAGCAGCAAAACCUAGAAAUUCUACAGCAAAACUUGAAAUGUUGGGAAAAUUUGAUCCAGAGGAAGAAGACAUUAUUGUAGAUCCUUAUUGGAGCGACAAUAUUCAAGGGUUUGAGACGGUAUUUGAACAGUGUAGCCGAGCCUGUAGUAAAUUUCUAGAAGCAAAUACUUGAUCAGAAGGAAAAAAUGGUGGAUGAAUUUUACAAUGAAAAAAAAAACUGUGUGAUAAAUAAUGUAAAACAAAAAAAUAGGACUAGGUUUAUCUUGAAAUGAAAUGAAAUGGGGUUUAACUGUCCUACUUUUCUACACUGACUGGGGUAGGGGGGGUGGAUGGCCGAAUGGUCACGAGUUGUUUCUGCAGGACUAAGAAGGAAAUUGUACCAUGCUGUUCAGAUGAGAGGGAAUACCAAUAUCCACUGACAUGUGUGUUAAGAAUUAUCUAGUCAAACUGGUCGUCCUUUGCAUUACGGGGAGUGGAUGGCCGAUUGGUAAGCAUGUGCGCGCUAUAUCAGAAGACCUGUCAUUGAGUCAACUGGCAUGGUUUCGAAUCCCCGGUUAUAUGUGACAAGGAGUAGGGUCGCCUGUCCAUCCUCGUGGGUUUUCUCCGGGUCCUCCGGUUUCCUCCCACUGCUAAAGACCCCUAUGCGCAAGCAAAUUAUUGAAAUAAAAUUAAACCAUAUCUUAGUCCCGAAAUGAACUAGUUUGUGUCAAGUGGACGUUAAACCCCAUUUCUCUCUCUCUCUCUCUCUCUCUGCACUGACUGGGCUAUUGAAGAUGGGCAUGUGCAAUGGUGUGUGCUUAUGGGAAAAUUUUGUUCAGAUAGAAGCGUAUAUCUGCCUACUCUUAAAUGAAAAUUCCAUCUGUCAGACCAAGCAAUGCACAGGUGGACUUGGGAAUUUUGAAAAAUAGCUUUGGAGGGGUUGGGUGGUCUAGUAGUUUAACACGUGCGUGGUUUCGUUUCCCUGGUUGUAUGUGACAAGGAGUAGAGUCACCUGUCCAACCUAGUGGAUUUUCUCCGGUUUCCUCGCUCUGCUAAAGACCGCUAUGUACAAGCGAAUUAUUGAAAUAAGAUGGAACCAUUUGUCAGUCCCGAAAUGAGCUAGUUUGUGUCGAAUUGAUGUUAAACCCCAUUUCUCUCUCUCAUUUAAAAAAAAUAUCAAGGUAGUCAAACCGCUUUCAAAUUGUUAUCAGACAUUCGUGAUAUUUUAGGUUCUCGGUAAUUAUACUCUUCAAAAAAAGUAGAGGAUAUUCAGAAACAAUACAAAACUGCGGAAAUGCACUGCUAUUUUUAUUAGAGGUAACCAGUGUAUGUUAAUAACACGUCAAUUGCCUACGCAUGAAAAUGAACAGUUCAUAUGGGCGGCUUAUCUGACGGCCCCAUUUCACUCACAAAGAGAUACACUGUCAAAAGUGAAAAUGGACGUUUUUGAUUUUUGUCUUAAUAAUGAGUAAUUAUUGCUUCACCAAUACUCAGACAUUCAGCAAUUUGUUAUGGCAUGCUCCUAAUCAACCGUCCAAUCACAAUUUGGCCAAUGUGACCCACUCCUCUUGCAGUGCCACGGCCAUAUCUUGAAGUGUUGUCGGUUGACGUCGACGUCGACGAUCACGUCUCCUGAUCAAAUUAAACGUAAGACACUAAAGCAAAGAUACGCUAAACAGUAAAUCUUAUGCAAGAACCGAUAGGAAAGCAAACAUGGAUAGGAUAAACCAGCAAGCGGCAGUUUUUAUCAACCCUUCCUUUAAGUGUCAAAUUUGACAAUGUACCCCUCCCACAUGUAUGGCGCUAUUGCGUGCCGCACAUGCAGCUCAGUGGUUCUGUUGGGGCGAUAAGGUCUUCGUCUGUGAACAUACUCCCAAAGCAUGUCAAGUGUCCAUGACUAUUUAUCAUAUCACAACCUGCAUAGAUAUUUGCAUUUCAAUAUCCUCUACUUUUUUUGAAGAGUAUAUAAAGAUUUAAAUCACUGAAAUAUUAGAAAUAAAGCUAUGAGCCAAGAAAUGGCAUGGAUUUAAUAUUGAAGUCAAGGGGGAGUAACUUUUCAGAAAGUGAAAUUGUGUUUAUCUCCCCUGCAACAAUAACACUAACUGAGUUACCCUGUCAUGUGUGGUGGACGAGUAUUGAUAUAGUGGGAGCCAUAGUGGUUCAGUGAGCAAGAUGUUAGCUCGAUCCUAGUGUUGGCCAAGAUGGUUCAUCUGGAUUUACCGCCGUAGUUCCCCCUCGUCAGCGGUGCAGUCGAUCAGAUGGGUUAGAAAACCCAGAGUAGGUUGUAGCUCAGGGCAAAUGUGUCCUCAUUACACACUGUAUGGUGUAUGCUCGCCUUCAUUAGCCCAAUCAGAGCUGAAAAGUAGGACAUUAAACCCCAUUUUAUUUCUUUUAUAUAUAUAUAUAUGUAGAUAUAAUAAAGAUCGUACUAUUUCCGGUAUACAUGAUGUAGUUGUAUCUGAUAUCAAUGUUUAGGGCAAGGUAUAAGUACCAAUGAUUAGAGAUCAAAGUGGUACUCUUUAUCUCUUUGGGGUGGGGGGGGGGCGUAGCAAGGCUGCAAGGCUGUAAUUGUCAAUGCCUGGUGGUCGUGAUAUGACUGUGUUCACUGCCAAUGAUUUGGGCUAAUUAUUUGUACUGUUCUGACUUCCACAUCCACAGCCAGUGUUUAGGGAUCUUCCACAUCCACUGUAGCUACCAUAUCCCUUUAGUAUAUGUUUAAUAGUGUUAUUUUGUAAAAUGUAUAAGGGUAGAGUUUGAUGUCUACUUUCGGUUUCACUGGUUUUCGGAAAAUCUUACUGGCGGUCUUAAUCCGAGCCUCGGUUUGAGAGUUCGCGGUAAAAAUAUAAUGAUGGCGUGUUGUCAUUUCCAAGUGUGGACGGUUUAUUCGGUAUUUGUUUGAGGAUGUGACCCCAAACAACUUGAAAACCAGUGAAUUCCGUGAAUUUGUUAAUGUGCGGUUAGAUGCGGAUAUCUAAACCCAUUCAGUAAACUGUUUUUCUAAUACAUAUAUGAUUUAGUAUGUACAUCGGUUGACUGUUGUGAAUUUCACUGUGUUUCAAAUAUGGGAUUGAGUUCAGCGGUUAUUAUUUUAAUAAACUUUGAACUUUUA